AUGACCACCGAGAAGAGAGCCGAUUGGAGAUGUCAUAAAUGCAAACCUCGUAAGGGAUCUACUAGCAGCAAUAUCUCUUACCAAUCAAUAAUAUAUGAUGGCCCAGUACAAACGAAUCAAAAACAGCAAAGAGAUGAGGAACAAGAAGAAAAUGAUGAGGUGAAACGCUUUAAAAACUCUUUAUCAUUGACUGAUGUAAAUAAUAGUGUUUCUAUGGUUAAAAAUGAUGUCAGAGAACUAAAAGAAGACGUUUCCUCGAUGAAAUCUGAUAUAAAUGAGAUAAAGCCUUUGAGAGUUGAUAUUAACGACAUCAAAACAACAAUGCAAGAAUUUGCAAAACAAAUGUGUGAAAGCAAUGCUCAAAUGAACUAUAAUCUCCAAACAGCUAUCACAACAAUUACAAGCUCAAUCACCGCUCUUACAAAUCAAGUAAGUGAACUUUGUGAAAGCAAUAAGGAGAAAACAAAACAAAUUAAUGAGAUGGGUAAACAAAUCAACGAUAUGGAACAGCGAAUGCUAAAUAAAACUAUUGAAAUUAAAAAUAUAACCAAGAAAAACAUCCAGCCGAAUGAAGUUGUUAAAACAAUCGCUAACUCAUUAAAUGUUCAACUAGAGGACCACGAAAUUAGCAAUUCAUACGUGUUGAAAAAAUCAAAGAGAGUUAUCGUUGAAUUUACGUCUCUCAAUAAGAAGAAAGAGUUAUUGAGCAAAAUAAGUCGUCAUAGAGUGGAUUCAAAAUUAGUUAACGAUGAAACUGGUGACAAAUAUAUUUACGUCAACGAACACCUAACCCCAUAUAAACGGCGUUUGCUCUGGCUAGCCAAAACCAAAGCAAAGGAAGCUAAUUAUAAAUUCGUAUGGAUUCGUGAUGGAAACAUUUACGUCAAGAAAAAUGAAAUAUCAGACCCCAUUAUAAUUUCAAAUGCCGCAGAUAUCGAACUGAUAACAUCAACAAUUUAA